AUGGCUCUGGAAGCUGGCGAUUUGCCGGAAUCACUGCGGGGCUAUCAACUGGCUCGGGCCGGUGUUCUCAAUAACGACGAGAUGGCGGAGAACGGAUUUCCCGGCAGCACGGCCGACCGUUUUCGGGACGCCGGUCGCAUCAGUGGGUAUAUGCGCGAGUUUGUACCGACUUCAGACCUCCCGCCGGCCGACGGCCUGAAUUUCGUCGGAGCCACUGUGGUGCAUCUUUUCAGCAAUCCCGACCAGGUGUCCGGCUGGAUGACUGACGUGUUCGUUAAGGAUUUCGAAGAGAACCUUGGGGAAAGCGUCGGUUCCGGCAGCAAAUCGUAUCGGUAG